AUGAUUUCCUCAUCCCCAUACGAUGCCUCACUAACAUAUUUGAUCUCUUUUUUUUUUGCCAUUAGCUCAGCUGAGUACACAUUUCCCUUCAGUGAUUUGGAGGAUGUAAGGACUGAGAUCUUUGAGCUCAGCAGUGACCUGGACCUGAGGGUUACCCACAACAGGAAGACCAUGAAAAGUGUAGCUAACCUGGUGCUGGCUGCGAACAGGCUGAAAAAGUCCCUGUCUCAGUUUAACAGCAAUUAUGAGCUCUGCAGCGCCAUCAUGGACUGUGUGGUGGAAGAAACCGUUUUUCACAAAUGCUGGAACUCCUUUCAGCGUUUCAGCUGCUGGAAACAGCUGACGCUGUGUGAUAAAAACCAGAAAGAUUUCAUCCUUAAUCUAAAGCGGUCAAAGCUGCAGGCCGUCAUUCUGAAAGGCGGAUACGGUGAUUGCAAAGUGAGCUUUGAAAUGUCCAGCUACAGACCUCCCCCCAAUUCCAGUGCUGACUGCAUGGUUGUACUCUUAUCAGUCACCAAGGACCUGCAUAUGUCUUGCUCUAAGACAGAUGAUAAAGUUCUGCUGAACUUGGAGGAAUGCAGCGAGGAGCGUUUAAAGGAGAUCAGCAAAGAAGAAGACAUGGUUCGCUUCCUUUUCAACAAGAGCGGCACGGUGUCUCUGUACACCUUCGAGUCAGUGAAGUACCCCGGCUGGUUCAUCAGCACCUCCUCUGAGGACAGUGAUCAGUCGGUGGAGAUGUGCCAGAUAGACGCUGCGUCACGCGUCACCUCCUUCAAAGUCCUCGCCUGAGGAGUAUCUAAGGGACUAUGGUAUCUAGUACGUCACCACUGGAUAGAGCAACAAUCUAAUUAUUUCAUGGGGUUGUAGUUGAGCUAUACUAUCAAUCUCAGGUAUUAAAAAAACUAUUUAAAGGAAAACCUCAGGUGAAAACAAAAGAACUUUUUUUUCUCUGUUUUCACUGGUGGGAAAUCAUGUAAGGGGAUAGUCCUAAAAUAACUAAUGUAAUGCUCUUCUUUAGCAUCUAGACUCACUUAAGUCAGUAUUUUACAUUUAUAGAAGUUAAAACAAAAAAGAUUCUAAAGGAUUUCUUCUCUUAUUUUAUGAAUGUGUUAUGCUACCUGCUUUAUAGAAAGUUAUAUUUAUGCAUUUGGAGACGCUUUAAUCCAUAACAAUUUGUAAAUAUCGCAACACAGUUUAUAUCAAAGCCAAUGACAAGCUACGUAGAAGGAAGACCAGUAGUCAGGUGCAGAGGUGACGGUGUAAAAUAGAAUACAGGUCUGCACCAGAAAGAGAUGAAAUAAAGGGGUUAGGGGAUGCUAAACUGGGUCUUCAAAAGUUUCUUGUAGUCAGACCCUGUUCUGGAAGAGCUCAGCAGGUCUUUUCGCCAGCGUGGAAUGACACAGGAGCUAGAGGAGCUGUUUUAAACCCUUUCUGAUGCGUUGGCUUUUAAGGUUCUGUUCCUGUCGCACUUAAAAUCUGUAACAAAACCUCUUCAUUGUAGUAGAUCUAAUUUAACAUGCAAUGUGAUUUAUGGUAAUGUCAGAAAAUAAAGGUUCAUAUUCU